AUGACUGAAGCUACUACUCCUGCUCAAGAAACUGCCGCCAAGAAAUUGGAACAAACUGAAACUACUGAGGAACCAGUACAAACCACUACUGAAUCUACAACUGAAGAAGCCACUGCUUCCAAGACUGCUGACAAUGCCAAGCCAGCUGAGGAGCCUGUUGCUGAGACCGAUGGAGCUGCUGAAGCUGAGCAACCAAAGGACACUGAGGCUCCAACUGAGGCUGCCCCAGCUGAAAAGUCCGGUAACAAGAAGUUCACGUUCUGGAAGAAGUUGCAAGCAAAGAUAAAGAAGAUCUUGAACUAG